AUGGCGGACCCACACGAUGUGCCCCAUAUCUUAAAGUCCUCAUCGUCCCUCACGCCUGAACAAGUUUUCGCCGCGAUUGAUUCUACGUUAUUAGCAAAGAUGACACUCGGCUCGGGUAUGGUGUUGAUGAUACUGGCAACUCUCGUCGGAAACGCGAUGGUCUGUCUCGCCGUUCUAUUAGUGCGGAAACUGCGGCAACCGGCCAAUCUGCUACUCGUCUCGCUGGCAGUCGCUGAUUUCUUUGUCGGGUUGUUAGUGAUGCCGCUGUCGCUGUAUGACUACGUUAGUGAACGAUGGGCACUCCCCCGUAUCAUCUGCGGUCUGUGGACGACGGCCGAUUUGACGCUGUGCACCGCGUCCAUCUGUAAUCUCUGCGCCAUAUCGGUUGAUCGAUAUAUGGCCAUUUCACGGCCAUUACGAUACUCAGCGAUGCGUACAAACAUCCGUGUCUCGCUCUACAUAGCCCUCGUGUGGGCCGUCUCAUUUUUCGUCAGUCUCACCGCCCUUCUCAUCACACAAUUCCUUGAGGAAGAUACGGAUGGCGGGCAGCAGGGGCUAUGCGUCGUAACCCAAAAUCUGGGCUAUCAAAUCUACGCGACACUCCUCGCCUUCUACGCUCCAACGAUGAUAAUGGUGAUUUUGUACGUGAAGAUCUGGAGGGCGGCAAAGAGGCUGGCCAUGCAGGAUAAACUCUUAUCUUAUGGUAGCGGUCAACCCCGUGAAUCCACGGACAGCUCGAAUCUUCUAUCAGCCGGGCUGGGAAACGGGAAAUCCGGGUCCAGAUCGUAUUUCCACAGACCGUCCGCGCUCUUCAACGCCGUCAAGUACACCAGUCUUCUAUUCUUUCCGUUCGUCGUCAAAUCGUACCACUCGCGGCAACACGAGAAAUCAGAGACGAAAGCCCGGCAGACACUUGGGGUGAUGAUGUCCGUGUUCAUCAUCUGCUGGCUGCCAUUCUUCGUGUUGGCCCUGGUGAAGCCGAUAUUCGGAUGGCAAGUGCCGCCAUGGCUCGAUGGGCUCUGUUUAUGGCUCGGAUAUUCCAAUAGCAUGCUGAACCCCCUGAUCUACUGCAAAUACAACAAAGACUUCCGGAUCCCGUUCCGCGAGAUGAUUUUCUGCCGAUUCUCCACCCUGCAGACCGUCAUGAGGCAGCAGAGCUUCACCAGCAAAUACGGGCCCGCGCCGUGCCGAGCAGCCAGUAUCCAGGAUCGGGCCGACCGGCCGGAAUCGUCAGAUCUG